GAUACUUACUUUACAUGGUGUAUGUAAAAGAAAACAAUCAGAGUAGCGGGUAACGCGGACACGCCUCCAUAAAUCGUCGAUCAGUCGUCGUCAAAAUCGCUACAACCGAGUUGGAUAUUGUAGCUACUUGACUUAUAUUUAAUUUAGUAUCAGUCAUCAGUCACAUCACAGUAGUUCCCAUCCGACAGCUGGCUAGGACGCACGCGCCAUGAGUGAAGAUAACCUAACAGCGAUGCUUUACAAGACGAAGGAUCUGAGGCUGGUACAAACACCAAUUCCAGAAAUAGCCGAAGAUGAGGUACUCCUGCGCAUGGACUGCGUGGGCAUCUGCGGGUCGGAUGUCCACUACUGGAAAAGCGGUUCCUGCGGGCCUUUCAUAGUCAAGGAACCCAUGAUCAUGGGCCACGAGGCUAGCGGAGUCGUUGCUAAGCUAGGUGCGAAAGUAAAGUCCCUGAAGGUGGGCGACCGCGUGGCGAUCGAGCCCGGCGUGCCGUGCCGCUACUGCGAGUUCUGUAAGACGGGCCGCUACCACCUGUGUCCCGACAUCGUGUUCUGCGCCACGCCGCCCUGCCACGGCAACCUGGUGCGCUACUACAAGCACGCCGCCGACUUCUGCUACAAAUUGCCGGACCACGUGACGAUGGAGGAAGGCGCACUCCUGGAGCCGCUGUCCGUGGCGGUGCACGCGUGCCGGCGGGCCGCGCUGGGCCCGGGGCAGUCCGUGCUGGUGCUGGGCGCCGGGCCCAUCGGCCUGCUGCUCAUGCUCACCGCGCGCGCCAUGGGAGCCAAUAAAAUUCUGAUCACAGAUAUCCUGGAGUCCCGGCUGGAGUUCGCGAAGAAGCUGGGCGCUGACGCGACGUUACUGGUGUCGAACGCUGACUGUGAAGCGGAACUGGUGGCGCGCGUACACGACCUGCUGGGCUGCCACCCCGACGUGUCGUUCGACGCCAGCGGGGCCAACGCGUCCGUCAGACUGGCGCUACUGGCCACCAAGUCGGGCGGCGUGGCGGUGCUGGUGGGCAUGGGCGGGCCGGAGCAGACGGUGCCGCUGGGCGCCGCACUCACGCGAGAGGUCGACGUGCGCGGCAUCUUCCGAUACGUCAACGAGUACCCCAUCGCGCUGAACAUGGUAGCCAACGGGCACAUCAACGUGAAACCUCUGGUGACGCACCACUUCGAUAUGGAGCAGACUGUGGAGGCCUACAACACCACGCUCAAGGGGCAAGGCAUCAAGGUCAUGAUCCACGUACAACCGAGGGACACCAACAACCCAGUCAAAUUCUAACUUUUAUGAAGUAUGCUGGAAGUCUUCUGCCCACUGGCGGGCAGAAGCGGAAAAAUCAUGGAUAGAUAAACACCCUGGUAAAAUUCUUGAGUAUAGACCAUAGACAAUGAAGCCUGCGCAGUAGCAAUUUUACAUACUAAAUGGUCUACCGCACAAGUUUAUUUGUCUGUGGUUAUGCUCAAAAAUUUUGUCAGUACCUUAUAGUUAUGAUAAUCACCUUCGUGUUUGAUGAUGUAAAUUACAAAUACUUAUAGGUACAACUUUAAGAAAGAACUAGAUAUUAUAAUUCAUUAGAUGUAGCGCAGAAUUCAUUAAUAAAAAUUUGAAGAAGUUUUAAUGAAACUAUUGAAACUGAUGUUGUAUUGUAAGUAGGUAAGGAGUACCACCGAUAAAUCUUUAAAGAAAUCACGCAAUAUCUUUAGUGUGUUAAAAUAAUUCAAAGAUCAAUCAAUUUCUGAGUAAAAUACUCAAAAUUAUGAUAUUAUGAUAAUAAAUAUGAAUUAGAAAAUGAUGUAAAAAUUUUGCCAUUGACUCAUUUCUUUGUCGCAAUCCGUAAAUGGAAUGCUCUGCCUGCUCCCUUGUAACCCCCAUCUUACAACCUCGGAUCCUUUAAAAGAGGCGUGAAGAAGCAACAUGCCGGCUGGCAGGGUGAGAAUGGCUGGUGUGGUAGGUAGAACUGCUGUAUCAGCUAUCUUCACGUCUGGACUUCACCGUCACUUAACAUUAGUGGGGUGGAGUCAUUUCUCGGACCUAUUUAUUAAAAAAAACUUAUAUAAUUAUGACUCCAAAUCUUAUAGAAAAAAUUACUAGGAAUUUUUAUCUUCAUUCAGUUUUAGAUAAGGCUGAUAAUGUAAAUAUUAAGUACAAAGUGGUGUACAAAAAUUAAAAUGUUUAUAAUUGAUUGCACCAAUUUUAUUUUCCUAAUAAAUAUAUAUUUGUUUCUUAA